CCCGUCAAAGCAGCAACACAGCAGCCAGCAGCGUUGUGUGCCAAAAGUGCAAGACUCUUGAGUUGAAACGAAAUACAAGAAAAAAGAGAAAGUGCGUUUUGUCGAUUUGUGUGCGGUACAAAAGCCCAAACAGUGUUCACAGCCCUUAAAGGACUAUACAACAAGAACAACAACAACAACAACACAAUAAAGUGCAACAACAACAACAAACAAUUAAAAAUGGCAAACAAUAAAGUUAUUUUCGGUGUCUUGUGUUUGGUGACGCUGUCCGCUGCGCUCCCCGCCGAGGAAACGCGCGGCCAUGCCCGCAACGCCAUCGGCGGCGACAACGACAUUAUGGAUAGCAUCUAUAGCGAUUGCCUGCGCAAGGAUUCGGUCUCGUGCGUCAAGUACAAGCUGUUCAACUUCGUCGACAAGGUGCUGGGAGCCCGCGACCAAUUCGCUCUCACCGAGGGCGUCACUGUUGUCCGCUCACCGGAUGCGCCCGUCCAGGAGGCUGCACGCUCCAUCUCAGCCGAUGAGUCGUUCGAAUCGCUCGCCCUGAACCGCAUCAGCAGCUUCCUCAACUCGCACACCAUCAAGGUGGAACUGAAGGGCGCCGACAUCGUUCAGGCCGUGAGCUCCACUGGCCGCGCUUUGGAGGAUGCCUCUGAGUCGCUGUUCGGCAGCAACGAUCCCAAUGCGCCCGAGGAGAGCCGUGGCAAGAAGAAGAAGGCCGCCAAAAUCCUGGGCCCCAUUCUGGCUCUGGUUGCACUGAAGGCCGCCGCCCUCCUGCCCCUGCUCCUGGGUGCCAUCGCUUUGAUCGCCGGCAAGGCUCUGCUCAUUGGUAAGAUCGCUCUGGUGCUGUCGGCCGUCAUUGGCCUGAAGAAGCUGCUGUCGCAGGAGAAGCACGUCACCUACGAAGUGGUCGCCCAUCCCCAUCACAGCAGCAGCCACUCCGUCAGCCACGGCGACUCAUACGGCAGCGGCUACAGCGCCGAUGCGGGCGCCUCCUCUGCUUCGUACGGCAGCAGCGGCCAUGGUGGCUGGGGACGCUCCAUUGAUGCCCAGGAUCUGGCCUAUGGUGCCCAGAAGCCUCAGGCUUAAGUGAAGUCACAGUCAAUCAACCACAACCACAACAACAACAACCACACGAACCACAACCAAUCACUGACUUGAGCCAUUCAGCUCAGAUACAGACUCUUGAAGAGGAACACAUAUUAUUUAUUGUUCGUUUUAAUUAAUUUAUUAAUAUAAUUUAUUUUAUUUAUUUUUCCACACGAAAAAGCGCAAAGCCACGCACACAAAAAACGGAAACUAAAACGUAAAAAAGAAAAAAAAAAAAAUGAAAAUCAAAUCAAAUCACUUGAGAAAGAAUUGUUAAACGACAUUGUAGCGAAAAGAGAUGAAGAAGCAGAGCAGACGAAACCCCCAUGCUGAGUGUGCGUGCAUUUAGUUGCUUGGCAUACGUACAUACGUACAUACAUACAUACAUACAUACUUACAUACCAUAUCGUUUAAAGCUAAAGUUAAGUUUGUAAAAAUAUCACAAAGCGAGAGUUAAAGUCGGUACCUAAUGCAAAUCGUUUCAAAUACUCAUAAGCCCAGGCGGCGGCUCUGUGCAGCGUCCAGCCUUAGGUCUAAGCUCGCACCCACUUACAACACACACUCACUAUCUCUCACUGUCUCCGUCUAUCUCUCUCACACUCUCUCUUUGUCUAUCGGCUACUCUCUCUAACGCACGAACAUGCUGACCGCACAGUCUCUGAGUCAUACAUUCUCUGUAGCUAUCUAUCACUAUAUAUCACAAUCUAUCAUCUAUCGACAUCUAUCACUCUAAAGACUAUACCAAAACUCUGUUGGUUGCCAUGCAACGAACUAUCUAUGUAAUUACAAUACUCUACUCUAUUCUACUGUACUCUACUCUACUCUACUCUACACUACAUCUACAACUAUUCUACUCUACUCUACUCUACACUACAUCUACAACUAUUCUACUCUACUCUACUCUACCAUAUACGCUAUCCUGUACACUUUACAUGCAAUUCUAGUCUUACAAUAACAAGCGACAAGCGACAAUAACAGCUACAACAACUACUGCAACUAGCUUUAACUCAACAAACUAGCUCUUAUAUCUAUCAAUCUAUCUAUCUAUCUAUCUAUCUAUCUAUCUAUCUAUCUAUGAAUCUAUCACAACUCUCAUCUAUCUUCGAGUCAUAGUUUUGGUAUUCGCAAACGCCAUAACUUGCCAUAGUUUUCUUGCCUCAUGCACUCAAAGCUGAACUGAACUGAACUGAACUGAAAUUAAAAAUUUCGAACUCGUCUAAAUUCGAACGACUUUUCCAAUUUUCACUCAAGCUCUGUGAACUUUCUCAUUUCCUUUUGCACCUUCAGCUUCACAAUAUAGCUCUCUCUUAUUUCAUUGUCACCUUAUCUCCAUCUCACUCUCUAUCGCUCCCAUUCUCACUCGACAUCUUCUCUCCCUCACGCUCUCAUCGUAACUUUUUCUGCUGCUCUCUAGCUGUCACUUUCUAGCGCUCUAGCUUCCACGCACACACGCACGUACGUUCUCUGUAACCAUAGUUCACUGUAGGCUUUUUUUUUUUGUAAAUCACACAUUUGUUAUUGAAUACAUAUUAUACUUUAGAUGUUUAUCAGCGACUUGGACCGUUUGCCCAGCUGGUGGCAUUCGCUUUAUGCAUUUUGGCUUCAACUUAUUUCUAAUCGGCUUUUAGAAAUAUUUGUUUAAGUCAUUUUGAAAGCGCGCUGCUCACAAGCACCAAGUCGCUAAGCGCUUAAUUUAUAAUACCCUCAAGAAAACAUAUAUAUAUAUAUAUAUAUAUCUAUAUAUAUCUAUAAACAUACAUAUAUACUCUUAAGCAGAAUCGUACGGCACUUUCGCAGCGAGAUGAAUUGGGCAAUUCACAGUAGUAGCAGAAGCAGAAGCAGAAGAAACAUAAUUCACAAAUAUUCACAAAGACAACAACAAACAGCAAGACACACACACAAUGAAUGUAAAUCUCUUUUACAAGCAGCAUCUUUUCUCUGUCAUAAAUGCAUGUCAUUAAAAAAAUGAAGAAAAACAAUAAGUAAAAAAAAACAAA